UCCUGGAGUUGCCUGCAGACUGAACUCCACUUUUAUAAGUCUGCAGGUGGAGGAGUGGGAGGACUGUCAAGAACAACUCCGCUCAUUUAGAGCUCAAAAGAGAUGGAGAAGAAUUUGCCAUCAACACCUACCACUGCUAACUCUCCAGAGUCAUGUUCUAUCCCGGAGGGACGAACUGGUGCAUCUGCCAGAGAAAUUCCUCCUUCGCUGGGGUCCAAUAGCGCUUCUGUUGCUCUGCCUCAGCAUGACAAAUCACAAUCUUCAUUUGAUCCUGGAAUAUUACAAGAUUCCUCUCCGCCUUCCACACAGACCAUAUCUGAACCGACAGACAAUCUGCCAUCUCUAGAUAAGUCUGAGGCCAAAUCCCCCGAGGUUUCCUCCAAACCCCCCACCCCUCCACCAAACCAGGCUGCGUGCGGUGCAUCUUCAAACGUCUCAAAACCUCCUCUGUCCAAAACCUCUUCCUUUUCCAAGCUCAGAUCUGCGUCCUCCCCGUCACUAAGCUCAGAAUCGGAUGCCAAGACGGGCUCCCCUUCUUCCCCCACCGCCGAUUCACUCGCCUCCAAAAGACGCACCUUCGCUUCGGUGGCCAAGCGGGUGAUAAUUCAGGAAAGACUGAGAAAAGCAGAGGAAGAAGAUGCCAAUGAAGAUGACGACGAUGAAGAGCCAGAAGAGGAGCUGAGUGUGGAGCAGCUGGAGGAGAAAGCAAAAGCUGGUGAUGCACGAGCUCAGACCCGGCUUGCUCAGCACUAUUUGCUUCUGGCUGAAGAGAAGGAAGAAGAGCUGAAUAACUGCCGGGCUGUUGAUUGGUUGAUUAAAGCAGCAAAGCAGGGAAGAAAGGGCGCAGCGAGAAUACUCCAGCGCUGUUGGAUCCAAAGAAAAGGUAUCACCCCAGAAAAUGAAGAAGAUGUGCGCGUGCUGUCAACAGAAAGUAAGUUUGAACUGGCGGUCCGCAAAGCCGCCAUGAUGAUGUACUGGAGGCUCAACCCGGACAGGAAGAAGAAGGUGGCUGUGUCAGAAAUGCUGCAGAAUGUGAGCCAGGUCAACGCAAUGCAAGGGGGCAUCCCGAGCAGGAUUCCCGUCCCAACCUCGGGCCAAACCCAGAAAGUGUUGGAGAGCAUGGUCAGCAGUGACUGUGGGUAUUCUAAAACAAACAAAAAAAGAGAGCGAACAGACACAAAACACGCCAAUCAGCUGGUGGACCUGGACGACUUUGUUGAGAUGACUAAAAAGUACGCGCAAGGCAUCGUCCCAUCAGCUCCUAACAGUGGAAGCCAGCCCACGGAAAGAACUGAAAGGCCUGCCCCGCUUCGGAGUGGCAGGGAGAAGACUGAACUGGUCCAAACGGGAUACAAGAAGCUCCACAAACACUCCUGGAGUUUUGACUGCAGCGGGAUGUUGGACACCAGGCAAACUGGUGCGAUUAAAACCGCCAUGGACAUGAAGUCCCGCUUGAUGAUGCUGCAGUAUCCGCUGCAUGCACUCAUUGAAAUGAAGGAGCACCUGAUUGACUGGGCCUCACGGGCUGGCGUCCUGUGGCUGAGCACCAUCAUCCCCACGCAGCACGUCAACGCGCUCAUCUUCUUCUUCAUCAUCAGCAACCUGACGGUCGACCUGUUUGCUUUCGUCAUCCCUCUGGUUGUCUUCUACCUUUCCUUCGUCUCCAUGAUCAUCUGCACUUUGCGAGUUUUCCAGAGCAGCAAGACUUGGGAGAACUUCAGAGCUCUCACAUCUCUUCUGACACGGUUUGAGCCUGGCCUUGACGUGGAGCAAGCGGAAACCAACUUCGGCUGGAACAACCUCGAGCCUUACCUGUAUUUCAUCUUUUCUGUGUUCUUUGUCAUCUUCUCUUUCCCCGUUGCCGACAAGAAAUGGAUCCCCUGUUCGGAGCUCUCCACCAUAGCCAUCUUUUUUACUGCAGUCAGCUAUGGAAGCCUCAGCCCCACUGCAGCAGCAUAUGCCCGCCGGGCAAUGUUUAUAGAGGUUGCAUCGAAUCUGUGUUGCCUGACCCAGUUACUGCCAGAAAACAUGACAGCAAUUCGCUUCCUGGGACGCACCUUUAACACUUUGCCACUUGGGGAGUCCGUGGUGCUGAAGCUCAGCAUCCCCUGUCUUCUUUAUGUCUACCUGUUCUACCUGUUCUUCAGCAUGGCAAGGACGCGCGGUUUCCGGGGGACUUACUGCUUUUUGAUUCCAUACCUCGUGUGCUUCAUGUGGUGCGAGUUCUCAGUGGUCCUCCUUCGGAAUUCCUCCGCCGUGGGUUUAAUCCGCACGUGCGUGGCUUACUUCCUUUUCCUGUUCGCGUUGCCUGUUCUGGCAUUUGGCCUCGCCAUCAUGAUCUUCAUCCAGCUCUUCAAGUGGUUCCUCGGGCUGGAGCUGACAAAGAUGAUCGUGACCCUGGUGGUGUGCGCGAUCCCGGUCACCCUGCGGCUUUGGACGCGGUUCAGCAUGUCUAUUCUGGAUAUCAUCCGCUCGCUGACGCACCGCGGCCCAGUUAAGGUCAUACUGCUCUGUAUAUCCACGGUAAUCCUGUUCUUCUCGGUCUAUGUGUACUACGCGGAGGGACAGAAGGUCUACAACUCCUCCCUGACCUGGAGUCAGUACAGUCAGGUCUGCGGGCCCCCUGCCUGGAAAACAAAAAGCAUGGCCCAAACGCAGAUCAUUUGCAGCCACCUGCAUGGACACAGAGUCACCUGGACCGGGCGUUUCAAGAGUGUCCGCGUUGCCGAAACAGAGAAUGGCGCCCAGUCGGUCAUAAACAUGUUGCCGGUGUUCAUAGGAGAUUGGUUCCAGUGCUUGUACGGUGAGACCUAUCCCAAAUGCGAGCCAAAGAACACCACGUUUGUCAACCUGACAGCUACAGCAGCAGCGACCGGCUCAGCAUCGGCCACCGUCCCACUGCCCGUGUUGCUUCACAUGCAGGAGGAGGAGGAGGAGCUGUGUCAGGUCAAGGAUCUGGCUAAACAAACCUGCCACGUCAAGCGCUUUGACAGCUACCGAUUCGAGGUGACGGUGGGGAUGAUCCAAAGCCCCGAGGCGGAGGACCCAGCCAGGGAUAUACUCCUGAUGGCCAGCCACGAGUUUAGACAGGUGCUGCUAAAUCUGAGCCCUGGAAAUAUGGUGGAGUUCAGCACCAAGCUGGAGGGCCGUCUGGGAUCGAGAGCACCAGCCUUUGAGCUGAAGGCCAUCCACUGCCUGGACUGCGUAUCUCCUCGGCUUACUGGACGCAGGCAGGUUAAGAUAGAAAGAGACUGGAGGCGCACGACAAUGAAAGCCCUGAAAUUUGCGUUUGAUUUUUUCUUCUCUCCUUUCCUAUCAGCAAAAAUCCAUGCUUGAGAGGAAAAAUGAGUAGGGAAAGAAUGCUUUCAGGGUGUUGAUAGUCAAGUUAAUUGAAUUCUAAUGAAGGUUAACGUAUUAACCCAAAAUGGAUCUAGAGAUUUUGUGCAUAUGAAGGCAUCUCAACCUGGGAAUGUAAAAGUUUACAGAGACAUUAUUGUUCCCUUUGAACACAACAUUUUAAGAAAACUCAGCUAAUCAUGUACAAGAAUGCUUGUUUUAAUGAUCCUGUACACUUGUUAAAGAAUUAGGCGUCAAGUUAGUAAAGAGAGAACUUGAGAAGUUUGUUAUCCUUAAAGUUUUGUACUUAUGACUUCUUUUGAACUACUUUUUAUUUUUGUAAUGCACAUUUACAGGCCCAGAAUUGCCUCGACGUGUCUUUGGGGGGCUUAAGUGUACAAUUUGUACGCAAUCCAGCUCUUUGCCACACCAUUUUGCUUUAUAUUAUUUUGAUGUCAUCUUUCUGCCAUGGUGCAGUUGCAGGGUUCACAUUUGCUGUGGUCGUUUUUGCUUUGAUGACAGUGUUAUUGUAGGUAGAGGGAGCCAAAGAGCACGAAAACUUGACAAAUUCUCUAGUGUUACUUUAAAUGAUUAAAGCAGCUGAUGCUGCAGCAUUUUAGGCCCAGAAACUCAUUAUUUUUACCUGCACUGUGAAAAAGAUUUGCAUGGACAACACAUUUGCUUGUUUUAUAUUUGUGUACUUAAAGCAACUUUUUACUUAAAAGUGUUUGUUAGAAUCUAACACACUGUAACGUGAUGAUGGAAAUUAAACAGCCAAGGCUGAACCAAUAAACUAUGUGAAAAAAAUAUAAAUAUGAACUGUUUUACACGCAGUAUAUCAUCACCAUGGAAUGAGUUUCCUCUGUUGUGAUGGUUUGCUUGGUCUUGAUAGCAGCUGUGAUCUGUUGGGGUGUUUUUGUUUUUUGCUUUUUAUGGGUUUUUCUUUCCUUUGUCCCCAGCAAGUGAAAUUCGGCUUAACUGAAUGGGUCUUUGAUUCUGUCAAACGCUUCCAAUGCUCCACUUCCUUAUCCUCAGAACUACAUGUAUGUAUAUGUUUAAGAUGCGCUGCAUAGUACUACAAGUUCCACAAGCUUUUACCUCGAUGUUCCAAACUGCUUUUGGAUUUUGGGCAAGUUUUUCUCAAAUAAAUUGUUACCUGGUGUAAAAUGUCAUGUGUUCUUAAUUUUGGUUUCUAUUUAUCGGAUUUUAAGAUCAUUAGAAAUUGAAAAAGUGGAUGCCUAAAUUUUUUCUUAUGAAAAAUCCUCCACACAGAAAGCUGCUUUAGCCUAGGA